UCUUCAGCAGACCGCAGCUCACACAGUUUUAGCCGGUCAUAACAAUGAGUUAGCCGCAUUUAUUUAUAGAAAUAUUGAAAUCUCGUUGUUUUUACUUAAAGUGUCAACUUAAAAUCUUUCGGGAGUGUUGGUGUAUCUUCAAAAUAUUUUCACCCAGAAGGAAUACUCUACCGAUGGCUUAUAACUUCAGCGCUAACCAGUUCGAAGGCAGCUUCAAGCCGAAGAAGUUGGGCAACUGGGAGGUGGCCAAGUGGUUCCCGGAGCGUCCGCGCGCGCACCGCACUGCGACGCGAAUCAUCGCCGACGACCGCGGACACCUGUUGCCGGGGGUGCAAAGGGCACCCGCGUCCCCCUGGGGAAACUUCCAGGGCACCUGGCAGCUGCCCAACAAGAUAUCGCGCAAAACAGGUCGAAACAAAAUAUUGCUCAAAUAUUCAGAGAAAGAUAACGGAAGAUUGCCGGCAGUUGUGAGCGAUAAUACGAGCAUAAACUACAAUAACAACAAAGAAGACGACAAAGACUCGGGAGUGGACGUGUCAAACGACCCAUCCAGUCCUGUCAGGGAGCUGGAAGAGAAGUCACGAAGAUCCUGCUAUGAGAAAUACAUUGAAGACGACUAUUCCAAAGCCACAGCCUGUGAUAAAACCCCAGCAAACAUCAACACAUCAUCAAAAGUGCGCAAAGAUGUUGAGGAAUUUGUUAGAACUUGUAAAACACCAAAAGAACUUGGAGAAAAGGUAGAGGAAGAGGAAGAGAUGCCACAUGUAGAGGAGACAAGGAGAAAGAAAGGUCCACCUUUGGCACAAUCUUAUUGUAACCCACAGAUUGCCAAGAAUUUGGCUGUGGAGAAUUUGAAGCAUCAUCCACUGCCAGAUACUGUGGAAGAUGCGAUCUAUAGGUCGUUGCAGAUGAAGAAGGAGAGACAUCCUGGGAAGGCUCUGGAUGUACUCCCCAGGGCAGCAGCUGUGGGUUGUAAGAGCUAUGGCACACCUGGGCCAACACAGUGCAGCAAGCUCAAGGUCUACAGACCCAAGACAGCUGGUGUUCUACCCAGAAAAGAUCUGGGCCAGAAUCUUGACCUUCUCACUAGACCCAAGACAUCUUCCGGAUUUGAUCAACAAACUAGAAAAGACAAGAAGCUAUCCCAGAUGCAGCUGGCGCUUUGUUGGGAUUUGAAGCCAGUGAAUCCAGGAGAUGAACCCAAAAGAUCUCCUCACAUUGAUGGCAGCAACGGGAGUGCAGCACCGGCAGUUUUUGCUCUAGUUCAACCUCCCCAAGAAGACAUCCCAUCUGCAUCACCUCUCCCUCAGGAAGCUCACUCACCUACUGAUGGCAGGAAACCCAAGAAGUGUCUUUCGAAACCUAGAGAUGCAUGGGGUACUGCUUCCCCACCUGCAAUCGAUAGGGACGUUCAUAGAGGUAGGUACGGUGUCACUAAUCCAUCAGCAGUAAUGGACAUCAUCAACACAAAUACAACACAAUCAGGGAACAUGGUCGGUCCCCGAGAUACUGCGAAUCUCCAUGAACACAGGAAUGGCAGUGGUAGGCAAUACAACAAUGGGGGAAAUCAUAAUGAGUGUAAUAAUGUUGAUAAAAAUAAUUCUAGAAAGGGAAGUGGAACCAAGAAAGAUUCCCAUAACUCUAGUAUUAGUUCUGGUUUUGACUCUGUAAAACUGUCCCGCAGAAAACAUUGCCACAGUUCACCAAACUUGACAAAUGUGGGUGUGAACGACAAUGACACCAAUAAUGUAAAUAAUGAUAUGAACAACAAUGAUAACGGUUGUGGUAGGAAUGGUAGGGGUAAGUUGUUGAACAACCGACCUUGCAUGGCUUGUGACACGUCUUGCUCGGCAAACUGUCACAAGUCAUCAAAACCUGAAUACAAAAUGGCGUUCAAGGCUGGCAAACCUGACAACAAUAACUCACACAAACAAAGUAAUAAUGGUUCAGUAAAAAACAAUGGAUCCAACUCUAGUGGUAACUCUUUGUCAAGUUUGCGGUCGAAUGGCUAUCAAGCGCCCAAACCCAAGGUACCUUAUGCAAAACGCAGCUAUUCUAUUGGGACAUUAGCGCCCCCUUUUUCAUUGUGGCCAGGUACCACUGGGCAAGAUUAUCCAGAGCACUGGAGACUUGCUUCGGUCUACCAGCAUUCUUACAAGCCCAUGGGCUCCAGGCGGAAAACAUUUCUGCAGAGUGUGUACCAGUAAUAGUAUCUGAAAAUAUAUUUUUGCAUAAUUUUGUAAUUUGUGAGAGCUAUUUAUAUAAUUCCUGUACAUUCCGCUAGCCUAGUAAAUAUUUUGGAGUGAAAUAUCUAAAAAAAUUCAUGCAUCUGAAGAACAGCCUUUUCACAGAGUGUAAAAUCUUUGAUUAUGGAGGUAUGGAUAUGCUGAGGUAUCCAUAAUCAAAGGUAAAAUGUAGGUCAAUUAUUUUUACAACAUUCCAUUGAUAGAUCAUUUUUACAAAGCAGAAAAAUCAAAGAGAGCUACUAUAAUUUUCAAGAGGACAAUUAUUGUAUAAAGGUUUUGUUUUAAUAUGGUUUGUAUUUCAUUUGUCUUAAUUUAAGAAUAGAAGACGUUUUUGGUUAGCGCCUGUUAUAAUUACGCUAUUCUUCUUGUGAUUCAAUAAUGUAUGAAUAAGUAUUGUAUUAUAUUAUUGUAUAUAAAUAUAUUAUUAAAGUACAAAUGCGAGAAAUCUCCUUGAUUUUUGUUAACAUUAAAAAAUAAUUAUAAAUUGAAUUUAAAUGUUUGCUAAGGUUUUAAAUGACGAUUCCACCUUAAAUUUAUUGCAUCUACAUCAAUUAUUAUUGAAUGGUUAUGUACUUGAAUGCUAUUGAUCAAUAUACUUUCUUCAACCUCCUGCAUUCAUAACUUCAUCGUAUUAUAUUUAUUGAGAAAUUAUGCCAUAUUUUAAUAACAGCUUGGAUAAUAGAAAUUGACAAAUGCAAUUUAGCAAUGAGUGAGAUAUAAUAUUUUAACUGAGAAAAUUUUUCAAAAUUUGUAAAACUUCUGUUACAAAUAAAUUGGUAUAUUAAAUGAAAGGCUCAGAAUAUAUUUUUUCAAGGUAGAAUCCCAAUGAACUUCAUACAACUGUUUCUGAAUGUAAAUAAAGUGUAAACAUUUUCAAUUCAAGAAAAGUGUCAGAGAAUACCUCAACUAGAAAGAGAAAUUGAUAAGAUAUGAAAUGAAGAAAAACCCAAGGAUUUCUACUAGCUAUUCUUCACAUAUUUGUUUCUGAGACUAAAUAUCAGAGACAACAUUUGAACAAAAAUAUUUUCAAUUUAUCGGUAAACCGUUGGAAGAAAAAAUUAUUCAAAUCAAGACCAAAUUAUUUCAUUGAAAACUGU